UACUUCACGCGCGUUGAAUAAACUUUUAAAUAAUUUUUCAAAAUUUUACCGCCAGGGCGCAUACGUGAAAAAACCGGGCUGACAGGCUGACACCGUUUCCGAUCUCCGAUCCGCGUCAGUCAUCGCGUGGCAGUUGCGCGUGUCGUUUGAUUUAUCGUUUGUGUCACUUGUGUGUAUCACGCUAAUUCUCCUUAUCAAAAUCCAGCAUCCGCGAGACGCUACAACGAGGGAGAGUCAACGAAGAGGAGAUUUCGGUUGCCGAGCGGAUAAAUGACGUCACGUCGCAGCAAGGUCGUUCGCCACGUACGCGAGGAAAGGCAAGGAGUCGAGGUUAAGUCCUCGUGAUGAGACCGGCCCGCGGCAUGAUUCUCUGGCGAAGAUGAGACGAAACGUGAUCAGCCUAAUCAAAUUCCUCCUCCUGGCGGUGCUCACGGUCUUCCUGACCAUCGUGGUGUUCCGUUAUAUGCGGUCACCACCUAGCCGUCAGACUUCGACGCCAAUUGACGUUUUGGCAGCCGCGGUCGGUCCGAGGAGCAGUCGAGGAAACGAUGAACAUCUGGAUCAGGACAAAAUCGACUGGCAUGACUAUGAGAAGAUUAAAAAGGAAGAAGAGCGAACUGGAAUGGGAGAACACGGAAGACCAGCAUUCCUUUCCCCAUCCCUCGAUACGAGGAAGGAAAAAUUGUAUCAAGUAAAUGGAUUCAAUGCUGCUCUCAGCGAUGAGAUCUCGGUGAAUCGUUCAGUGCCUGACAUUCGCCAUCCAGAUUGUAGGAAAAAGAAAUACCUAAAAAACUUAGAUCCGGUCUCUGUGAUAGUAUCCUUCCACAACGAGCACUUCACCACGUUGCUACGAACUUGCUGGAGCGUAAUUAAUCGCUCGCCGCCCUCUCUCCUGGAGGAAAUUAUAUUGGUUGACGAUGCCAGCACGAAAGUGGAGUUGAAGAAGAAAUUAGACGACUAUAUUAUGCAACACUUGCCAAAAGUGUCGAUUGUACGAUUAACAAAACGUUCGGGAUUAAUCAGAGGCCGAUUGGCGGGCGCAAAGGCGGCCAGAGCGAAGGUUCUCGUAUUCCUGGACUCGCACAGCGAGGCUAACGUUAAUUGGCUACCGCCAUUGUUGGAGCCCAUCGCGCAGGAUUACAAAACCUGCGUUUGUCCGUUCAUCGAUGUGAUAGCUUACGAAACUUUCGAGUACAGGGCGCAGGACGAAGGUGCUCGAGGAGCAUUCGAUUGGGAGCUGUAUUACAAACGACUUCCGCUGCUUUCAGAGGAUCUGAAGAGACCCGCGGAACCCUUCAAAAGUCCCAUAAUGGCGGGUGGUCUGUUCGCCAUCAGUGCCAAGUUCUUCUGGGAGUUGGGCGGUUACGAUCCGGGCUUGGAUAUAUGGGGCGGCGAACAGUACGAACUAUCCUUCAAGAUCUGGCAGUGCGGCGGACAAAUGUACGACGCGCCGUGCUCUAGAGUCGGCCACAUUUAUCGCAAGUUUCCGCCGUUCCCUAAUCCCGGCCGCGGCGACUUCUUAGGAAAGAACUACAAGAGGGUCGCUGAGGUGUGGAUGGACGAAUACGCGGAAUACAUCUACAAUAGACGGCCGCAUUUGCGGGCGCUGGAUUCGGGAGAUUUAUCGGAGCAGAAGGCCCUGCGCGUGAAAUUACAUUGUAAACCGUUCCACUGGUUCAUCGAGAACAUAGCCUUCGAUCUCGUGGAGGUUUACCCGCCCGUUGAGCCGGACGACUUCGCCUACGGAGAGAUUAGAAACAUGGGCGCGACCGAGUUAUGUUUGGAUUCCAAAAAGCGUAAGAGAGACGAGCUCAUCAUGGUGGAUACUUGCAUGAAGGACGACCCGAAAGUGUCGGGUGAGCAGGAAUUCCGACUGACGUGGCACAAGGAUAUCAGACCGAAGGAUCGCACAGACUGCUUGGACGUGUCCAGAGGCGAGGAGAAAGCGCCUGUGAGCCUGUAUCCUUGUCACGGGAAGCAGGGUAAUCAAUUGUGGCGCUACGACAUCGAGAAGCAGUGGUUGCAGCACGGUUAUUCGUCCAGAUGCCUGGACACCGAUCCGGGCAGCAAGAGGGUGUUCGUGACUGCUUGCGAUAAAUCGUCGCCUACUCAAAAGUGGCGGAUAGAGCAGGUUAACAUGAAGGCCAUUAAUAAUUGGGAGAACAUUGGACCCAAGCUCAAGUGAAUUUCUUCUUUCCCUUGUACUGCCAUUCUCUUAGACAGGUAGGCUGGAUUCCUAUUUAUACAGAAAGGAUCCAAGUAGCAAGCGUUUGCUACUUGGAGAACGAUCCCUUUAUUGCUAGUCAUCACAAAUUUCAACUUGAACGACAUAUUGCGCUUGUAUGGAUGAUCGAUUAUGGGCAAGAAUCAUCAAAUCAGAGUAAUUUUGCACGUAGCGUAAAGCGAGAUUUUCGUUCCUUUAGAUAUAUUAGAUUAGAUAAGCAUUUUUUUCAUAUAUCGACUUAUACAUAUCGCAUAAGCGCUAUAUCGUGCCUUACAUUACAUAUGCAAAAAUAUAAUACUUUACUACUUAUUAAGAAUCAUAAUAAUCUUAACACAUUUAAGUUUUUCAUUUUAAAACAAUCGCUCAAAGUAAUCUUAUAAUAUACGUUACAUUCUUUCAAAAAAAUGCUCAUUAAGCAGGGGACUGAUAUAUUUCAUUUAUAUUAUAGUAUAAGUUAUUGAAGCAAAAUUAACAAAAUUUUAAACAGUCUACUAAAAGAAGCCGAAAAUUUUUAUAGCGAAUAAGUUACAAAUUAUCGCACAUUAUUUUCUCAAAAAUUAUGAAAAGUAUAACAAAAUUUUGUUUCUUUUAUCUGUUAAAGUUUUCUAGAAUUUAUAUGUGUGUGAUAUAUAAAAUGUGCAAUCGAGAUCUCUAAGGAGAACAGAGAAAGGUAAGUCUUCCUUUUUUUAAAUGUUUUACAUUUCUCUUUAAUAGUAGAAAGGGAGAGAAAGAAUAGCGGCCUAUAUAUCACACAAAAAAUUGUACUAAAUCAUAUAACAUUAAAAAGAAAAAUUCUUUUUGCUCUAUUUGAUAGUUUUCGGAAAAAUAGCUUGUAAUAAUACUUCGUGUAACUCUCAUGUAUAAUAAUCAUAUAUAAUUCUUUACAUUCUAUACAGGGUGAUUCCAAUCAUCCUGUAUAAUAUACAUAUAUUAUAGUCUGUAUGAACAAGUAUUAUGAACUAUUUUUUUAUCUAAUUAGAUUAUUUUUAGCCAAAAAGUAUAAAAAAUUGCUUCCUCAUAAUGUAUCAAGUAAAUUGAAGAAUAACAUCAAAUACGAAAUAUUUCUUUUUACAAUAAAAAGAUAUUACGUACAAGGUAUAAAAUAAAACGUAUAACAUUAGUUAUAUCUAUUUUCUUUAAAAUAUUUUCCAUUGAAUAGUGAAACCGAUACAUUUUAUUGUCUCACAAAAAAAAAUUCUUUUCUAAUGAAACAUGCGUAUAGAAAAUCGUGAUUGUUAUAUUGAAAGUUAUUCUACAAUAUACUUAAAACUGAUCAAAAUAUUAGAUGGAGCAUAGAGAUUGCGUUAGAAAUAAACAAGAGCAUUUAAAAUAUGUUUAAUUUUUUUAUAUUUAUAUAUCAAUAUAUUAUAUGUACUUGUUUAUGUAUUAGCAUGGAUCGUUGAACGAAUGUAAAGUGGUAAAUGGAUGUUGUAUAAAAGAGAUAUCGUUAACUGUCUGUGAUCGUUGGUGUAUUUGGGCUAAUCUUUCAUUUUUGUGACUAUUUUUUAUAGCAUAUUUAUAUAUGAUUUUAAUAAAAAAAAAAGGUUUGUAUUAAACUCUUAUAUAUAUUUUACGAUGAAUGUAAGUACCAAUCUGAUGAUGGUACUUACAUAAGAUUAAGGAGAUACGCAAUAAAGUUAUAACUGCAAUCAAUCAA